AUGUUUUCCAACCUGUCCAACAUCGUCCAGAGGGCCCAGCAGCUCAUCGAUCCCACCCAGGGACUGAACCUCUCCAACUCGGAUCGCAAUCCCUCCAAAGCCUCCCUCUUCCAGAGCCAGUUCCGCCUCCCAACUUCCCAGACGCCCCUAUAUGAAAUCAAUGCCGAGUUGACCAUUCCGCCCUCAAACACUACACGCGGCGAUCCGGACCACGACAGGGGUUGGCACUACGCUGGAAAGCUACACCUUUCGGAAGCCUAUCUUUGCUUCUCGACGACGCCCACGAGCUUUACGCAGUCGGCGAGCACGUCGACGUCUUCUGCCUUUACCGGACAAACCAAUGGCAGUGGCCCAAGUGGAAGCGGCUUCACAUUCCCCCUUUGCGCCGUCAGGCGAGUGGAGAGGCUAAAUAGCCAAAACUUUCAGUUUGCUCUCGCAAUCACUACCUGGAAUGGCUUAUUGGCAGACGUCGCAAAACCAAAGGAUGGCAACAACGGCAACAAGGAUGUUCGAGAACAACGAAUCACGAUCCACCUAGCGGGCACCCGGCAAGCUUGUGAGAGGUUCUGCGAUGGCCUGAAACGAGGCCUAAGAGCCGGAGUGGGCAACGUGGGCAAGCUGCGCAAGGUAGUGGCCGAAUGCUACUCUGAGCAUCUCUUGCGGACCGACGACAGGGCGAGCGUGUCACCGCCCGAUGCAGGCUUGGGCAUGGCCUUCCGGUACCCUGGAGACCCAAAGAAGCUCCGUGACAGGGCCAAGAUGAGGCUCUGGGCCGAGUAUCUUCGCGACAACGGUCGAAACAUGAUGCUGAUCCGCCAGCCCACGUUUCACAAGCUCAUCCGCGUUGGUCUCCCUAACCGCCUACGAGGCGAGAUAUGGGAGGUAACCUCUGGUUCUUUAUAUCUCCGGCUGGAAAACCCAACGUUAUACAGCGAUACUCUGGCCAAGUUUCAAGGCCAGGAAUCGCUUGCCAUUGAUGAGAUUGAAAAGGAUCUCAAUCGCAGUUUACCCGAAUACCCCGGCUUUCAGAGCGAAGAGGGCAUUGGCAGGCUCCGCCGCGUUCUCACGGCCUACAGUUGGGUCAAUCCAGAUGUGGGCUACUGUCAGGCUAUGAAUAUUGUCGUGGCGGCGCUGCUCAUUUACAUGUCUGAGCCGCAGGCCUUCUUCCUUCUCUCCGCCCUGUGUGAUCGUCUGGUCCCUGGCUACUAUUCCACCACCAUGUACGGCACUCUCUUGGAUCAAAAAGUUUUUGAGUCUCUUGUUGAGAAGACCAUGCCCAUUCUCUGGGAGCAUCUUGUUAAGAGCGAUGUUCAGCUGUCCGUCGUAUCACUGCCUUGGUUCCUCUCUCUGUAUAUCAAUUCAAUGCCCCUGGUGUUUGCUUUCCGUGUGCUGGACGUCUUUUUUGUCGAGGGCCCCAAGGUACUGUUCCAGGUCGGUCUUGCGAUCCUUCGCAUAAAUGGCGAAGAGUUGCUGGAUGCCGCCGAUGAUGGUGCUUUCAUAUCUGUCCUCAAAUCAUAUUUUGCCAGACUCGACGAAUCCGCACACCCAAAAUCUGAAAACCCCAAACUGAGGGCGGUGACGAGGUUUCAGGAGCUCAUGGUUGUGGCUUUCAAGGAGUUUGCCGGAGUCACUCAUAGCAGCAUCACAGAGCUUCGGCUCAAGAAUAAGGAUGCCGUUCUGAGCAACAUCGAGAGCUUCGCCAAGAGAACGGCCAUUCGCAACCUGGGGCCUGACAGCAAGUUACUGAGCCCCGAAGAGCUGGGCUCCUUGUACGAUCGAUUUUAUAAUGUCCUCUACGAGCGACAGCAACGAGAUCGAAUGAUUCAGGAAGAGCUGCAGCGCCAGGCGAAGAGCCGCAGACUACGAGGCUCUGAUGCCUUCGCUUCGGCUGCCCCCAACGAAGUCGAAAAGGGCCGCGUCGGACUUGGCCCAAGCACUAGCCUGAUGGACUACGAUGCCUUCCGCGAGUUCUUGGCCGGCAUGUCGAAAUGGGCCAUCUCAGACUCCCAGGCGAACGAGGCCAAGCUCUACAACACCAGGAGGACGCCCGAUGCAAUGUCACCGUGGGGAAACGGACCCGAGCCUGCAGAGCACGAAUUUUUGCGACGCAUCUUCAACAAGUGGGACGUCGACGGCACAUCAGCCUUGACCCUCCAAAAUGUGGUAACCGGUCUGGCCAGAAUUAAAGGCAAAAAGGAUAUCAUGGGCACAAUCACGUACUUCUUCGAGCUGUAUGAUGACGACAGCGAUGGCAGGGUAGAUCGAGAGGGCAUCUUGCGUAUAUCCGAAGCCCUGCUCUUCUUGUCUCGUCGCGGCCUGGAGGGAACGUUGACCCCUGGAGCUUCAACCGUCGGACUCAACGGCGACGGUAUGAGCGCCAGCGACUCGCAGAGCAGUCUACCUCCCGAGAUAUCCAAUGCGGAGCGGUUUUUGGGCAGUGUCAGUGCGUUCAUCAGGCGAUGUUUUGAGUACGCCGACCCUGAUCACCCGAAGAACCAAGACAGCACCGGCUUCGACGCAUUCGGGUCAAACGACGAAAUGGUUGAUCCGAACGCUUUUGCCAUUGGGGACGAUGAUGACAGCGAAGAAGAGGAGGAAGAUCUCUUGGCGCUUGAUUCACCGACGGCCACCCCCACGAAAGCCAAGAAGCCCGUCGAUUUAUUGAGUCCGAAUGACCAGAACGACGGCGUGGACAACGAAUCUCGUCGGCGUGUAUCAAAGGCCAAGGCGGAAGCGGCUAACGCGGCGCUCGACCCAGCUCAUCCCCUUCACAUCACUUUGCCGACUUUCCGAAUGGUUGUGCUGGCCGACGAGCUUCUCGAACAGUUCUUUGAGUGCUCUUUCCCAGCAUCGCUCCACAUCAUCGAGGGUCUUCAAACUCCUAGUAGCUUCUCGUACGCCCCUUCGCUUACGACAUUCUCCAACCUGGGCUUUAAUACACGAUCACAAUCGCAGAACCAAGCUGGGCCCAUUGGAGGCGGCCGUGGCCUGCGCGGUGUUUUGGAUAAUAUUGUUACCGACGGAAUGCGCGUGGCCAGCGAGGUGCGAAGGCGGAUGGAAGAGGCCCAACGGGAGCUUGAAAAGAAUGCCCUACCCAGCCAGCGGACGGAGGAGGAUGAGGAGGACGAUGAUGACGUCGGGGUUGCGAUUGGUGUAAGGAGGGGAACAGGAGGCGCCAGCACAGACGUUGAACGCCGAUCAGUCAUGAGCACAGACCGUGAUCUAUUAGAUGGAGCAGACGCGGAAGCCGGGUCAGCGGUGGCUACGAAAGAACCAGGACACGAUCACAACUUAUUAGAGGUUGACACGGCAGCUGGACGGCGCCGAGCAAACAGCUCGUCGACUACAGGGGGGCCGGGAGUCGUAGAAUUUGAAGGGUAA